CAGCAGUCGAUGGCACAUGUGCUGCUCUGAGUUGGAGCCUGUCUUUCCUCAGGACUGUAUCCCUCUGUGAUCUUUCACUUGGACUAUCUCGCUCUUUUUCAAAUUAACCAGCCUCAAUCCAAAAUCCAGACUUCUUCUUUUUCUGUUUGUGUCAGAGCACUUCUACACACCGCCUUUUGGCAUCUUUAAUCUUUGACGGAGCUGCCCAGCUGAGGUGAAGGGGAGGGCAGAGGAUCCCAGUUCAGCCUGAGUGUGGAUGACCUGCCCCCAGAAACAGGACCAUGAUCUGAAAAGGGCGCCUCACACCGAACCCCGUUUUUCCUCUCCUCCUCCUCCCUAUUUUUUUUUCUUUCUUUUUUUUUUUUUUUUUUUGUUUGGAUAAAUCUACGAGGUGACAGCCUCUCUGCCUCGCUGCUUCUAUCAGAGUCAGCGUGCACGGAGAGGACAAACUGAAAGACAUUUAAGGAGGAAGAAAUACAGCGACAGCCAUCCGUGACCUCUGACCUCGCCACUCCCCCUUGCCCCUCCCACCGCCACACCGGAAACAUGGGGAGGAAAAAGAUUCAGAUUCAGAGGAUCACUGACGAACGCAACAGACAGGUGACGUUCACCAAGAGGAAGUUCGGUCUGAUGAAGAAGGCCUACGAGCUGAGUGUCCUGUGUGACUGCGAGAUCGCCCUCAUCAUCUUCAACCACUCCAACAAGCUGUUCCAGUAUGCCAGCACCGACAUGGACAAGGUCCUGCUCAAGUACACCGAGUACAACGAGCCGCACGAGAGCCGGACCAACGCCGACAUCAUCGAGACGUUGCGAAAGAAAGGCUUUAACGGCUGCAACAGCCCCGAGCCCGACGGAGACGACUCCAUCGACCAAAGCCCGCUAAACGAAGAGAAGUACCGCAAGACUGAGGACCUGGACAGCCUCUUCAAACGCUACGGCGCUCUGAACAAGAAAGAGCACCGGGACUCUGAGAGCCCAGACCCCGAGGAGCCCUUCUCCCUCACCCCCCGCACUGAGGAGAAAUACAAAAAAAUUGACGAGGAGUUUGAUAAAAUGAUGCAGAACUAUAGGCUGUCAUCCACAGUCCCACAGCCCACCUUCUCCAUGCCAGUCACCGUGCCAGUAUCCAAUCAGAAUGCAGCGGCGGCGGCGGCAGCAGCCCUCCAGUUCAGUAACAACCCCGGCGGCGCCCUGGUCACCACCACCUCCUUCGUCACCUCCACCCUCACAGACCCCCGCCUCCUGUCGCCACAGCAACCAGCUCUGCAGAGGAACGCUGUGUCGCCAGGGUUACCACAGCGACCAGCCAGCGCAGGAGCUCUGUUAGGAGGAGAUCUGGGGAAUUCAAAUGGAGCGUGCCCGAGUCCAGUCCCGAACGGCUACAUCAGUGCCAGGGCCUCCCCGGGCCUCCUCUCCGUAUCCAACGGCAACAGCCUGGGGAAAGUAGUCCCGGCUAAGUCUCCGCCUCCGCCCAGCCCUCAGAUGGUCAACAGCCGCAAGCCGGACCUGAGGGUCAUCACCUCGCAGAGCGGCAAGAGCCUCAUGCAGCUGACAGAGGAAGAGCUGGAGUUGGUGAGUGAGAAUGCUCAGCGGCUAGGUGGCUCCCAGGUGGCGCAGUCGCUCACCACGCCAGUGGUCUCCGUGGCAACACCCAGUCUCCUAGCGCCCUUCUCCGGCAUGCAGACAGCCUACAACACUGAGUACCAGCUGACGAGUGCAGAUCUCACAGCGCUCCAGACGUUCACACCACCAGGGCUGGUGCCUGGCAACAUGGCUGCCUGGCAACAGCAACAGCAACCAGCAGUCUCCCAGCAACAACAGCAGCAGCAGCAGCAGCCCGGCCUGGCGUCGCUCAGUAAUUUGGUCAUGUGGGGUGCAGAGAAACAGAGUGCGGAGAUGGUUAACUGCAUCUCCACUUUUGCUGCUAACCUGAGCCUAGCCUCUCAGUCCAACUUGCUCUUUGGCAGGGAGGAGGGCCUCUGCUGGCCGGUGGGUCACAUAUCUCAGAGUGCCGCACUGACAGUCAACACAAACCCAAAUGUCAACAUUAAGUCCGAACCUGUCUCACCAAACCGCGACCGCAGCACUCCCAGCUCCAUCAGCGGCGGCGGGGGAGGUGGAGGCGGCGGAGGCCAGGUUCAACUGCAGGGACAAGGUCUGGUGUCGGUCGCUUACCCGGGGACCCUGCGCCUGGAAGUGGGAGGUCAAGGCCGCUCGCCAGUCGACAGCCUCAGCAGCAACGGCAGCUCGUACGAAGGCAGCGACCGGGACGACGGCACCCAGGGACGAGGCGGAGCUCAAGACUUCCUCCACCAGGCGGGCGCCGGGGGCCAACAGCCCACCAUGGUCCUCAUGCGGCCCCCUUCGGCCGAGCCCCAGGAGCAGGACGGGACCAACGUCAAGAGAAUGAGACUGGAUGCCUGGGUCACAUGAAGAGGUGACCGCAGAGGGAUGGAUGGACGGACGGACAGAUGGAGGAUGGAGAUGUGUACUUGUGGCUUGUGUACAUGCCCCCACCAGCCCUUAUGCCCCUGAGCUCCCUCUUCGUGCACACACACACACACACACACACACAUUAUAUAUAUAAAUAUAUAUAUACCCGCCAUCGACCCAGUAACCUACUGUCCACACAGGAAACGCUGACCUCACACACACAGACACACAGACACAACACAAGCAUGCUAACACACCGUCAUGUCACACGGAUGGACACUGACACACACUUGUAUGACAAUGUGCAUACACAUUUGAACUCUAAUGUACUUUCACACACACGAAACCCCAGAGGGGUUGAGCCACAGAACCAGGGAUUAUUUGUCAAACAAUUUAUUCAGCUGUAUUUGAAUAGAAGUGAAUUGUUGUUAACGAGGCCACGGUGGCUAGUAAAACCCUAAAUUUGGCCACUCAGACUAUUUCACCCAACAGCCGCUGGCAGAGCAGACACACACCUUGGUUUCCCAGCAUGCCCUGCAUUUGGUGAGCGGCUGGUGGUGUUCUCCCUCCCUCAUGUCCUUACCGUCUGUAACUACGCUGCUUUCAGUCAGCGCCACCAAGUGAGUCCACUUGUUUGUACACAUCAGCCCGACCACGGCUGUGUUGCUAUCGCUCUAGAUUCUUGGGCCGUUUUGCUCUUUUUAAAGCGUGGAGUUUUUGUCCUUCUGUCUUGACUGUUGAUCUUUAGAGUUUGGAUCGUCUCAGUUUUGAAUAUGAAGACACUAAAAGAAAAUGUCGCCUCCCUCCCCAGCCGAGCCAGCGGCCACGUCCACAGGCCGGCACUUUGGCCCUGCACGAGAGACUGAUGACCCGCGGGUCUUUAUUUAAUCUGAACCAUGCAGACUAGCUGUAAAACCAGUGAUUUGUUGUCGAGGUAAAAGACUGCUUUUCUUUGUAUCAGGGACGAGCUGCAGCAGCUCAACGACACAGAUACUCCUAGUUUCGCCCACAUCUUGUCAACUACAGAUGCUGAAAAGGACUUGUGUGUUUGGUGUGUGUGUGUGUGUGUGUGUGUGUGUGUGUGGUUUGUUACCUCAACUGGUCGUUUUUUAACAGUAAUUUAGGCAAAAUGUUCAUUCUGACUUUCAUCCUUCGAACACACACCUGCAAUGCACACAGCUGAAAGUAUUUUUGUGAAGCGACUCAUGUUUUGAAUAGAUAGCUGAUGUUCAAAGGGGAGAUGGCGAGGUACCGUGUAUAUAAGCAAUCUGUAACCUUUGUGGCUUUUGUGUGACAGGGAUGAAGUGUUAUUGAAGGUUAAAAAAAAAAAUCAUAUACAAGUAUAUAUUAAAACGGCUUCAGGCGGCAGGGAUGGCGGCUCUGCAUCUGGAGCAGGAGACUACAACAGACGACAGGGAUUGUAUAUAUAAACUUUAUAUUCGGCAGGAUAUCCCUCAACGAAAGAGAAAAAAAACACGUUGAUUCUCAGCGCAUCGGUCUCUUUUUUAUUAUUAUUUAUGCGUGUAUAUAAAGUGUAACGUGUGGACGAGCCAGCAGAGGGAGCUGUAGAGGCAGAAAGGGAAGACGUAGCCGCGGUGACUCAGACUGUUUUAAGUGAGUAAUGGUUAGGACUCUGUCACUGAUGGAGCGCACUUUACCUGAACCCCCACCCCUGACCCUUAACACACCUGACCCCUGGACACACACACACACACACACACACACACACACACUAGGGUUAGACUGAUACCUACUUAUAAGGCUUCUGUUAUUCCACAGAUACAAUUCAAAGUUUGCAGUUUUUAUUUAAUCCUCUAUAAUUAUUUAUUUCUGUACAUCCACCAAUCACAGCUCUGUUUACAACCCUAGGAGCCGGACCACCUUAAAUUUUUACUCUGGCUGAUUGGCUGCCUGCUUGAAACAAAUUAACUGAGUUAAAUUGAUCACAGAACAGAAACUGUGAACUAUGAAAUUUAAUAAUGAGACGAAAUAUAACAAGAAAUGAAAUUAAAAUAACAAAAAAGUACAAAUUAAAAGCCUCUAAAAAGAAAAUUGCAGUUCUAUUUAAAACUUUUAAAAUGAAAUAUCAAAAACUACCACUGAAGAUAUUUUUAUUUAUAUUAUUUUUAUCAAAUGUAUUUGAAAACGUUUAAUAAUAACAGAGAUAACUGACACAUUUAAUGUUUAUAAUAUCAUGUUUUCUACUAAUAGUUUAAAAGCACCAAUUGUAAACUUAAUAAAUCAUUUAUGAUAGUUUGCUUUUAUUAUUAUCAGUUAAGUAGCAAAUAAACCACUGGGGGAAAAAAAACUAGAUUUGCAGCUACUUCUUAAAACACUUAAAGGUCCAGUGUGCAGGAUUCAGGGGGAUCUAUUAGUAAUAUAAUAAGUAUAUUUUCUUGAAAAAGACAAUCAUUGUGUGUUCAUUACCUUAGAAUGAGCCGUUAAUAUCCACAUAGGGAGCAGGUCAUGGAUGUUUUAAGAGACCUGGAAACAGUUUGAAGGCGGGCCCAUUAAUCUUUAUGAAAGUUGCUCAGCAGUGCAUGAAGCCAAAAUGGUUCAGCUUACCAGAAUGAUCGGCGCUGCGUCCGCACUGAGCGACACAUAGUCCAAGUGCACUAGACACUACUUUACUUGUACAUUUAGCACUCUGCUAACUUGAAUGGGGAUAAAAUGAUUUAAUCGCGCAGCUCUUCCAGAUGUUAUCCGAGGGAAUGGUUUAAAUCCCGAUGGUGAAACAAGUCAUUUCGAGGGGGUUGUGAUGCUAAAAAAAUAUACCCACUGAUUCACAGAUGUCUCUUCCCCAAUGUAAGUUCCUAGGAAAAAGUCUUCUUGGGCCACAGGGCAUCACGUGAUGGACCCAGAUGUUGUAAUUCCACUGUUUGGCCACUAUGAAAAUUGACUUCAAAGCCUGGCGCAGUUCCUUGGGGUCCUCAGCAGGUCUAUGGAGAUCGCCAUGUUGCACUGCUGUGUUUCCACAGUAGCCCAGAACAGACAAAUCAAACACUGGCUCUAGAUAGGGACAUUUGCGGUAUCGCAUCGGCCACCGUAGUGAAAGCCCCUCUGUGGCGAGAGCAUGAGAAUAAUACGGAUUAUUAACGGGCAACAGCUUUAUUCAGUAUUUUUACCACUUUAAAUCACCUGGUUUGUUUGUUUGGGAGGCGUCUGCAGAUAAUUCUACUCACGUUAAAAACCUAAAAACAAAUUAACGCUAAAGGAAUUCUAACCAGGAGAAGUUUCAGCUGGUUGUAAUUCACAAUCUCCACCACUAGAUGCCACUAAAUCCCCCUAAAUCUUACACACUUAACCUUAAAGUAACUAUUUCAUCUUUCUCUCCACAUUGAGAUUUGAGUGUCUCAUGACGGUCCAAAUCCCCCAUAAAAGGUUUUCACCUUUAAAAUGUUUGCAGAUAAAAUUUUUUAUUUUUGAGUAUUUGCAGCACCAGAAACAUAUCAGUCAAACUCCAAAGCAAACACACAGAUCGAAUACAAUAAAGUGAGCCAAGGAUGUCCCCUUUUUUAUUCUCGACCUUUUCCUCCUGUUAAAAGCCAUGUAUCUAUAUUUAAAGGAUCUUCUCCUCCGCCUGUCCUGGGUCGGCUGUAGUUUUAUAUAACAGAGCGGUAAAACGACUAUGAAGGUAAAAGAAAAGUGAAGGAUGUCAUUUUUGUACCAAGAGGCAAAGGGUGAUUUAGGGUUUAGUGGGUAGAUUUUAAAACCACAGUGGUCAAGAGUGCAAAUUCAUGUAUUUAUUUUAUUUUUUCUCCUAAAAGCACUCUCAGCCUCCAUCCAUCGCUCGUUAAAAGCUUUGGAGGCAGAGUUUGGGUAUCGUUUGUCGUUAAGCCGGAGGUUUCAGAACCAGUCUUGAUCUUUUAAUGACUACCUCCCAAAUCCAACGCAGACUUGUCGACUUUGGUUUUUACCACAUGCAGCCACCACAUCCUCCUCAUGGGCAGGCCCUCUUCACCUCCCUCUCACCCUGUCACUCACUCACUCAUUUACUCAGUUUGUUUUUUAAUCUCAAACACACACACACACACACACACACACACAGAGUUCAUCACACACUACUUUUCUGUUUACUCCGUCCAGACAGCGGGUGUCAGCGCCGAAAUGACAAGUCAAAUUAUUUUGGGGUCAUUUCCAUGGGUGACACACACACACACACACACACACAUAACUCCCAGCCUCAUCACACACUACUCCUAUCAUCCUCUCCUCACUUCUCUCUCUCCGUCUGUCACUCACUCACACACACUCAUCCACUCUGUGACAAGUCUGAGUGUCAAUAUUGCUUUUCCGAGCGCGUGGCAGAGUGAACAUAAAUCCCUCGAGUGUAAACACUUUGACUGUUAAGGGAUAGUUUGGAUGUUUUGAAGUGGGGUUGUAUGGAGUAGUUAUCCAUAGUCAGUGUGUUACAUACAGUAGAUGUCAAUGUCUGGGAGCCCCCAGUUUGGAGAAGCAGGCUGGAGUCUGACACACUGCGCAAUGUACAGUUGUGGAUGGGGGUCAGCAGCAAAACAUAUUUUAGUCACCUAGAAAUAGUCUCAUCUUAAACAAUCAAUAUCAGUUUGACUGUACGCUUUAUUGAAAGUAUUUUUACUGCUUUACCUUGAUGUCAUGCAGCCUGGUUUGGCAUCUACAGUAUGCUCUCGUCAAAAACACCAGACUCCAUUGAGAAAAACAGUAAUUUUAGCUUGCUGAACACAGGAGCUGCUGGUCUGCUGCUGCUUUGAUCAGUUAGUUAGUUUGUGUUAUUGUGUGACUCUUGUGUGAAUCUGGACUAACCAUUUUAAACGCCAAAGUCACACAAUAACAGAAACUAACUAACUGAACCAGGCGGCAGUAGAGCAGCAGCUCCCGUAUUCAGCAAUGUUAAAUCACUGUUUCUCUCAAUGGAGUCUGGCUUUGAUUAGAGCUCUUUAACGACUGCAUUUUGCUGCUGACCCCGUCCACAGUCGCCACGUGGGACUCCAGCCUGCUUCUCCAAAACACAGCACGCUGACUGACAUCUACUGUUUAUAAUACAGAGUGCAAUUUUAAAUCCAAUCUGUUGCUCUUCACUUAAAGGAGAGCUCUGUUGUUCAAAGAAACAGAGCGUUAUAUUUCCACAUGAAUUAACCAAUGGUCUGCCACUCUUAAGGUUCAUUCUCACUGCUGAUGCGGAAAUGCGGGACGGUUUUGCGGAAUAUUCGCGCAGCGCUUUUCCGCGUUUAAACCAUACACACAGGCGCGGUACGGACGUGGUGCGGAAUUUCACGUUGUUGUGUUCCAAGUCCGCGCAGUGUGAACGGGUGUUGGUGAACAUGGAUGAUAUCAGCAGCAGCAGCGAGCUAGCAAGCUAACGUUUAACAAGCGUCAACAUCAACUUUCUUUAGCACUUACCACUCACAAGCUGGACAGUGGACUGCCGGGCGUUGUCCUUUAAUUCAUUGUUCAUAAAAUCAUCCCGUCUGUUAUCAAAAAGGACAGGGUGCUGUGAAACGAGUUUUAUCAACCUUUCUCCCAUACUGUCCUGCCUGACUGGAUUUUGGACUCUCCCGGGUCUGCGCGACAUCACUGUAAACAAACAAUUUCAUUGGCCCAACUGUGUAGUUCCGCUGGGGAAUUCCACGGGGGUCAAAGUCUGGGCGGAAACUUUUUUCACCGCACCAAAGUUCCGCCCCGGUGUGCAAACUUCCAUAAGAACCCAUGAAAUCAGCUUUUAUAUUUUCCCGUGAGAAUAAUCCGCACGAAUAUUCACCCUCAGUGAGAAUGGACAUUAAGAGUGCAGGGUUCUGGAUAACCGAACUGUACAUUGCAAAAGCGCUCUGAAUUUACAAAUCGUCGAGUUUGUGCCAGAGUGCUCUCUGGAACUCAAAGUAUUUCCAAACGCACCCAUACUGUCUAUGAAUAAGUACCUCAAGCAACCCCUCUUCAAAAAAUCAGAGCUAUCCCUUUAAGACUGUUGUACCCUGAGCUUCGAACAAAAUAUAAAUAUAUAAAACUCUGUGUGCGAGGUGCAUAGGUGUGUUAAAAAAUAAGCAGAAUAGCAUCCUUUGUGACGGGACUCACGGGAGUUUUGUUUGUCAGUAGUGGAGCGUGAGGCACGUUCUUUAGAGCAACACUAGGGGUCGCUGUAAUCACAAAACAGGAAGACAAUCGUGCUGAGAAAUAGUUUAAAGAAUCUGCAUCCCCCCUGAAAAAAACAAUGAAACGUGCUCCUGUAUAAUGAUGUUUAGAAGUCUCACUCACUUUCCAGUGUUAAUUUGUGCUGGUGACAGUCUGUUUUUAAUUGUUCUCUGAGAAUUGAUAUUAUUAUUAUUAUCAUCAUCGCCACAGCUUUCACUGACAGAAGCUGGCAUGGUGGUAUAGAAAUCUGCGUUUCUUUGUGUAGGUUAGGCAUCUUGUUUUAUUUGGAAUUUUAUUUUAUUAUAUAAAAAUAUUCUAUAAAUAUAUUUUUUGUUUUUCUCUUUUGGGGUUUUCUUUUUUCUUCAAAAAGGGUGUUACUAAUGUUGCACGAUUUUUAUGACAUGAAACAAAACAACACAAGCGUAGUGAUAUUAGUACACGUGUGGCUGUGGACGGAGGCGCUGAGCAGGUCGACCGCGACAAAAUGCUUCAAUGCUGCAACUUUUGAGUCCAAUGUACAAACCUCUGAGUCCACACACGCUAACAUGGAGGGGGGGGUGGGGCGUGACACGUCUAACUUAUUUCUGACCAGACACAAUGAUGUCAAUGCAUGGGCGAAGAGUGAAUCAUGUUAUAGGAAAUAAAAUGUAAUAUCGACACAAAUAUACAUCACACAGAAAUACAUUUAAGAAUAAAAAAGAAAAAAAUGAAAUUGAAGAAAAAAGUUUAAAAUAAAUUAUAGCUAAUAUAUUGUGUUCGGCUAGUCUGCUUUUUUGUUGUAAAGAUAAUUUUUUUGUUGUUUUUGGAGAAUGAUAUACAAUUUGUGUAUAUUUUCAUAAAUAAAGUAUGCACUGAUAUGUUAUUACAAAUUCUAUACUGCUUUUACAAAAAAAAAGUGUUUGUUAUUGUACCAAAGUAUCCAUUGGUCCCCUCUUACCGCCUCCCCUUUUUGCGUAUGUUUUACCGUAUUUUAUAUAUUAAAUAGACAAGUUGACCUACAGAAAA